AUGGGUAAAGUUUCGAAGGCCACUAAGAAGUUUCAAUCGAAACAUUUGAAGCAUACGCUCGACCAGAGGAAGAAGGAGAAGGAGCACAAGAAGAAAAUUCAAUCUCGUCGUGGUAAUAAGAGUGAGAAAGAGAAAAGAGAUGCAGCUUUGACCAAAGAUGAACAAAAGGCUAGAAAAGGUGCUAAGGAAGAAGUUUUCAAGGAUAUGCCUAUUGAUGAAUUCUUUGAAGAUGGAAUUGACAUCCCAAAGCAGUCUAAGAAGAACAAGAAUAAGAAUAAAGAAAAGAAUGAGUCUGAACAUGAUGAAUCCUCGUCUUCUGAAGAUGAAAAUGAUGUAGCAGCAGGUAUGGCCCAGCUUUCUGAGAAGGAUCCUGAGUUUUACAAGUAUUUACAGGAAAACGACAAGAAUUUAUUAGACUUCGGCGGGAGUAACCCUCUUGAUGGUAUUGAUGAUGAAGAAGAGGAAGAGGUACCUGAAAAGGAUGAAGCACCAGCUGAAGAAGGUGAGUCAGAUGAAGAAGAGGUCAAGAGUAUUGCAAAGAUUGAAUUGACUUUGAAAUUGGUCAAGAAAUGGAGAGAUCAAUUACAUAAUUCACCAAAUUUCAAGACUAUCAGAAAUGUUGUAUCAGCUUUCAAGAUGGCCAUCAAUAUGAACAACGAUGAAUCGAAGGAGGAUUACAAGUAUUCCAUGAGUGACGAGAGGGCAUUUAAAGAAUUAUUGUUUGUUGCAUUGAGAGAUUUGCCCCGUGCCAUUCAAGCUAUGAUUCCUUACCACAAUAAACAUGGAGCUAGAACUUUACCUUCAGGUACUAAUGUUUCCAAGAUGUCUUCCAUUGUGAAAUCCCACUCUGCAUCCCUGAUUAUUUGUCUAAAUGAUAUUUUCAACACGGAGACAGCAGCAUUGGUUUUACAAUCCGUGAAUCAACUUUUGCCUUACUUAAUAUCUUAUAGGCGUAUCGUGAAGGAGGUUAUCAAGGCAGUAGUAGAGACUUGGAGUACUACGAGGGAGGUGGAAACACAAAUUGCUACGUUUGCAUUUUUGAUUAGUGCCUCUAAAGAAUACAAAAAAGCACUUUUAGAAAUCGUUUUGAAGACUACUUAUUCAACCUUCAUCAAGAGCUGCCGUAGAACUGAUAUGCGUACAAUGCCUUUAAUCAAUUUCCAAAAGAAUUCUGCAAGUGAACUAUUUGGUAUCGAUGAGAACUUAGGUUAUCAAGUUGGGUUCGAAUACAUUAGACAGUUGGCUAUUCAUCUUAGAAAUACUAUUACUGCUACAACAAAGAAGACCAACAAGCAUAACCCGGCAGAAGCAUACAAGAUCGUCUACAACUGGCAAUUUUGUCAUUCCUUAGACCUUUGGUCGCGUGUCUUGUCAUUUGCUUGUAACUUCAACAGAGAGAAGGCACACGAGUCACAAAUGAGAGAUCUAAUUUACCCUCUCGUCCAAGUAACGCUCGGUGUGAUCCGUUUGAUUCCAACACCUCAGUUUUUCCCACUAAGGUUUUAUUUGAUCAGAUCUCUGAUCAGAUUAUCUCAAAAUACUGGUGUCUAUAUCCCAAUAUUUCCACUGCUAUUAGAAAUAUUGAAUUCUAAUGCAUUUACCAAGAUGUCUAAGAAGAAGGAAUCCUUAGAAGCUUUUGAUUUUGAACACAAUAUCAAAUGUAAUAAGCAGUACUUGGGUACAAGGACUUAUCAAGAAGGUUUGGCUGAACAAUUUGUCGAUAUCUUGGGAGAAUACUUUGUUCUAUACUGUAAGAGCGUUUCUUUCCCAGAAUUGGCUACACCAGCGAUUAUAGCACUCCGUCGUUACAUCAAGACUUCAAAGAACCCCAAGUAUAGUAAGCAGUUGUCCAACGUCGUUGAAAAGUUGAACCAGAACAGCUCUUAUAUCGAACAGAAAAGAUCUAAGGUCGAAUUCAGUCCAAGUAAUAAAGUUGAAGUUGCCAGAUUCUUAAGUGAUGUGCCUUGGGAAAAGACUCCAUUAGGAGCUUACAUCGUUAUUCAAAGAGAAGUGAAGGAAGAGAGGGCUAGAAUAUUAAGAGAAAGUUUGGAAGAAGAGCAGGAAGAAGAGAAGAACAAGGACGAAGAUGAGGACAAAGAACUCGAAUUGGACGGUGAUGGUGACAGCGAGAUGUCUGACGCAUAG